AUGCUUUUCGAAUUCCAGGUUAAAGUUAUUUCGGCGGAUCACGGCAAUACCAUUAUCGCCCGUGUGCCGGAAAAGAAAACAAAGGAUAUGAAGGAAAUCUUUGUCUUGUUGGAGAAGAAUCACUUUGACAGCGUGACUACGGCGACCGAUAAACCAGAGCCGCCGAAGCGAUACAUUUUCUUCGAUUAUGAGACGUACAAUGAUCCGGUCAAUGGACAUGCUCCAAGUUGUGUUGUGGCCCAGUACGAAGACGGUACGGAAUUCCGAUUUCCGGCGGAUGGUCAACCAAUGACCAAGGAUGUCAGACAGAAGUUUGGAGAAUGGCUGUUUUCAGAGCAGCACAACCAUCAUACCAUCAUUGCGCAUAACUUCCGGGGAUAUGACGGGCACUUUCUCCUAAAGCACCUUUUGGACAAUAAACUACGCGGUGUGGAAGUCAUCAAGAGGGAAACCCAGCUUCUGGAGCUGCGCUACCGUUCGUUAAAUAUGUGUUCCCGUGACACACUGAAUUUUAUGCCUAUGAAACUCAGCAGUUUGCCCAAAGCAGUUGGUCUGGAGGUGGAAGUAAAGAAGGGUGAUUUUCCGCAUCACUUUAAUCGACCUGAGAACUGGGAUAAAGUGCUGCCGUGGCCUGAACCGGAAAUGUACGUUUUUGACGGUCUAAAGAAGAACGAUAAAGAAGAUUUCCUAAAGUGGCAUGCCGAAACUAAAGCCGCUGCGGGGGGACAGUUCGACUUUCGUGCAGAAAUCAUGUCGUACUGCUCGAAUGACGUCACCGUUCUCCGAUGCUGUGCCCUCAAGUUUGUAGAGGAUUUCAUCGCUCUCACUAAUCUGAACCCGCUGGACAGUAUCACUAUGUCAUCCGCCUGCAAUAAGUAUUACCGCACGUUCCAUCUGGAACCUGAAAAGUUAGCUGUGUUGUCAGAUCAUGGCCCCCACCGCAACCGACGCACCAGCGUUCAAGCCACGCAAUGGAUGGAGUUGCUGAAUCGAGACCUUGGUGGGCGCAUUCAGCACGGACGAAACGGCAAGGAAGUCCACAUCGGACCGUACUUUGUGGAUGGUUUUGAUGCUAGUACUCGUACAGUUUACGAGUACAACGGCUGUGUAUUCCACGGGCACCCCGAAUGCACUGAACAAGAUGAUCGGUCUCCUUUCUCUCGUAAAAAGAUGAGCGAAGUGUACGAGGAAUACCUGGAUCGUGUACGUUACCUAGAGGAUGAGAAGUAUGAAGUAGUUACAAAGUGGGAGUGUGAAUGGAUAAAAGAGCGCCAAGAAACGGAUACCGCUGAUUUUCUCUCUGGACAAAGACUGCGGGAACCACUAAAUCCGCGGGACGCCUCCAAAGGCGGUCGUACCAAUGCCAGUCGCUUGUACUACGCAGUAAGACCAGGAGAAAUGAUUAUGCAUUUCGACGUCGUCAGCCUGUACCCUUUUGUCAACAAGACAAAGACUUAUCCCAUUGGACAGCCAAAAAUCAUCCUGUCGGACUUUGCGGAUGUCAAAGACUAUUACGGACUGAUAUCCUGCAAAGUGUUACCACCAGCACAGUGCUUGUACCCUGUUCUUCCAGCCACGAUAAACAAAAAGUUGGUAUUCACGCUUUGCCGAACGUGUGCGGAUAUUAAGAACAAUGAAUUCUGCAAGCACAGCGAUGCCGACCGCUGCCUCGAGGGGGUGUGGACAACCCCGGAGCUCCACCACGCCAUCACCAGAGGACACACCGUGCAAGAAGUGUAUGAGGUAUGGCACUGGGAAACCGUGGAGGCUGGCGUUUAUGCUGGGUACAUUAACAAGUUCCUGAAAAUAAAGAUGGAGGCUAGCGGAUGGCCAAGCUGGUGUAAGACACAGCUGCAAAAGGAUGAAUACUUUCGUCAGGUCAAGGAACGUGAAGGAAUCGAUCUCGACCCAGCCGCUAUGUUCUACGAUGCCGGCCGACGUAACGUGGCCAAAAACUGUCUUAACUACCUGUGGGGCAAGCAGGGACAGCGAGAUGAUAUGACUAUGACCAAGUUCGUCUACAAAACCAAGGAUUAUUUGGACAUGAUCCGUUCCAAGGCCGUUGAAAUUCAUGAUGUCUUUGCCAUCAACGAGGACUAUCUCAUGGUGACAUAUUCUAAGGGAGAAGACUACAACGAGGGUAGUAACGCUACAAACGUUGCCCUGGCCGCGUUCACCACCGCCAAUGCUCGCCUAAUCCUACUGGAUAUGAUGGAAAAGCUGGGCGAUCGCCUCAUGUACUAUGAUACUGAUUCAGUCGUCUUUCUCACCCGCCCCGGAGACUGGGUGCCGGAGACGGGCAGCAUCCUGGGCGACUGGGACAACCAGUUACAGGCGGGUGAGAGCCACAUUGUGAAGUUUGUGUCGUGCGGCCCAAAGGUUUACAGCUACGAGACUGACACUGGUCGGAUCGAAUUAAAGGCGAAAGGCCUUACACAAAACGGGUACACAGAGGAUAUUUUGGAUUUUAAUGAAGUCACCAAGUCCUUCGACCGUACUGGACAGACCUUGGACUUCGACAAACUGAAGCGUCUGUUGGACGGGACAGAAUCCCAUGUUCAAAUCAUUUAUCCUGAAUUCAUCAAGCGGAACGGCAAAACACAAGAAAUUAAUACUGUAACCGCCGACCAAGUAAUCUUCACGGUGGGCUGCCAUAUCAGCGGUCCUGUCUCGGCCUCAGUCUCGGUUUAA